UAUGAACAGUCAUGAGUCGUGGCUGGGUGCCGCGGACAGCCACUGACUUGCGAAUUCUAAAAUGCAUGGUGCUGCGCGUCACUGAGCGGCACUUCUGGUGUGCGACCUGCUUUACUAUCUUAUUACAGUGUGACCGGGGCCCGUACUGUACUGAAUAUAACCAAAUAGAGGUUCACUUUACUACCCACAACUUCAGGUUUUCUCCAAACAAAUGGAAAUAAAGCAGAGAUGUGUACAAACAAUCUUUUAUUAGACACUUAAAUAGAGUUUUUUUCUUUAAAAUGUAAUCAUAUAAAACAGAUAGUCAAUUACAAUAAGUCACAAAACAAUACAAUGGUUUGUAUAAUGGUUGUCAGUGGCCACUGCUCUCACACUCAAUAUUACACAGGAUAUACCAUUGGGAAAGAUCAAAAGGAAAAAGAGGAAAAUGCCACACUCCAGUGCAACGAAACCUUCAAAACAAAACACUCAUUAAUAAAGAGAAACUAACCCACACUCAAAACAAACCACCCGCAUAACAAACAAUGCCAAAAUAACACAACCCUCCCCAUAUAAGGUAAUCCUUGCUGUUAGUAUUGAAAUGUAAGUCGAACAAUAACAGCCCUUAGCAAUUUACACAAAUGUAAUGGGGCGAUCCCCAAAGGGGAGGGGUUUCCCACUCGUAUGCGUGUAGUGGGGGAUCCCCAAGGGGGAGGGGUUUCCUCACUAUGUUUAGGUGAAUGGAGUUAGAAAUUAAGCUCGCCACCCCUUUAAAAGUGUGGAGGUUUUGCUUCCGUUAUCUCCCUGGCAUGGAAUAGUGGCAGUGUGUUGAGUGCGUGCAAACUUUUGAUGUGCGUUAAGCAUUGAGCGUUGAGCAGUAAGCCUGCAGUGUUUAGAAAAACCUGUAAUUCUGUUUCUUUGGCCUGCGGAAGUGCAAUCGCAUCAGCAAGUAACGCUACAUCCAUGUAUGAUUGGUGGAUUGCUUACCAUUUGCGUUAGGAGCCAGUUGACUGGGCUGCGGAGAGCCCGUUGCUGUUUUGCUGCUGUCUGGCGACCCGUUUGUGCUACGGAGGGGCGAUUUCACUUUCCUUCUCGGCACCUGAUUGUGUGUGACUCUGUUGCGUCAAGGCAGUGUGUGUGUGUAGGAUUGUGUGUGUGUGUGGGUGUGAGCGCGCCCUUAUUGUGCGAGGGUGCGCUAAAUUCUUUCGACGUUGGCGCGGUUGUGAGUGUGCGUGUAUGUGUGCAGUGUUGUGACUUAACUAUUUGGUGGGUUUGUAUUUUGUUUGUGUAAAUUGCUAAGGGCUGUUAUUGUUCGACUUACAUUUCAAUACUAACAGCAAGGAUUACCUUAUAUGGGGAGGGUUGUGUUAUUUUGGCAUUGUUUGUUAUGCGGGUGGUUUGUUUUGAGUGUGGGUUAGUUUCUCUUUAUUAAUGAGUGUUUUGUUUUGAAGGUUUCGUUGCACUGGAGUGUGGCAUUUUCCUCUUUUUCCUUUUGAUCUUUCCCAAUGGUAUAUCCUGUGUAAUAUUGAGUGUGAGAGCAGUGGCCACUGACAACCAUUAUACAAACCAUUGUAUUGUUUUGUGACUUAUUGUAAUUGACUAUCUGUUUUAUAUGAUUACAUUUUAAAGAAAAAAACUCUAUUUAAGUGUCUAAUAAAAGAUUGUUUGUACACAUCUCUGCUUUAUUUCCAUUUGUUUGGAGAAAACCUGAAGUUGUGGGUAGUAAAGUGAACCUCUAUUUGGUUAUAUUCAGUACAGUACGGGCCCCGGUCACAUUUGGCGUAGUCGGCAGGAUUCCUUUACAAGCAGGGGUGUGUACUCAAUCCUUGGGCACUUUGUGUGUUUGUUGAGAAACCUUUUUUUAUUAUUUCGUUUCAUUUUGUUGUUUAUUGUGAAUGCUUUUGUGUGAGUGUGGUUGUUUUACAGCAGCAAAACAGCACCGGGCAGUGAUUUAAAGGAAGCCUUCCAAGACUCACCGCUGUUCAGGUUAUUAGUGAGUAUUUGUUUUGUUUUCUGUGUUUUUUUUUUGUUUGUUUUUUUCUUUACCUUAAUGAUGGAGAGUGAGUUGGAUGAGCUGCGCAGGCAGGUUCAGUCCCUGCAAUCGGAGAAUGAACAGUUACAGCAUCAAGCUAACUCUGCAGCCAGGCCUUCGGUGAGUGCUAGUUCUGUUGUUGAUACCAAUGCCCAUGCCUCUGGUGUGUCAGAUGCUUCUAGACCCAUAGCAGAGCGUAUUAUUCUUAUUCCUAGAGAGCGACGAUGUUCCACGUUUAGUGGAAGGGGAGAUGAGGAUGUGUUUGAGUGGAUAGAGGAGAUGAAGAGUAAUUUACGGGCCAGAAAUUUACCAGCAAGGGAAGAAGCCCUUUUUAUCCUUGAUCAUCUGGGUGGGUCUGCUAGAAGUGAAAUUAAAUUUAGACCAAGGGUUGAGAGAGAGGAUCCAGAAAAGGUGUUUUCAGUGUUAAGAGAGUUAUAUGGAUGUGCAUACUCUUAUAUCUCCCUCCAGGAGCAGUUUUUUUCUCGUAAACAGGAAGAAGGCGAGUCCUUGCAAGAUUUUUCACAUGCCCUGUUCGCUUUGAUGGAGAAGGUUGUACAAUGUGCUCCGGGUGGUGUCCCUAAUUCUGCUAUCUUACUUAGGGAUCAAUUUGUAGAACACGUUGUUGACAAUAGUCUAUGUCGUGAGCUUAAGCGUUAUGUUCGGCUCCAUCCACAGUCCACUAUUCUGGAUGUAAGGAAGGAGGCAAUUAGGUGGGUUGAUGAGGGAUUUCGUCCUGAUACGCGUGAACGAAGUCAUUCUGUCCCCUCCCUUGCUACCCAGUAUAGGGUUCAAGGACAUGGUCCACCAUCAAGCAGUCGAGGUAAUUCAACAGAGAUAGCUGAAUUAAAGGAGAUGUUAAAGGCCCAACAAGAGCAACUUAAUCGGCUCACUCAAGGCCUGCAGCAGCUGCAGUCCCAGCAUGCAGGUAAUCCAUCUAGGCGGGUGAACCCUAUUAUCUGCAGACGCUGUAACCAACCAGGGCAUAUUGCCCGGAAUUGUAUAGUGGAUUUUCGUAGAUCCACUGAACAGCCGAGGGUGGUGUCACAGCAGAGUAAUGCAGUGGGUGCUAGUAGGCCGUCGGAAAACUUCAACCCCCUGAAUUGUUGAGCCACACUUCAGGAGGGGUAGCCACUGGCUCACAGCCCUCUGAGUUGAAAGGGAAGCAAGCACUUUGUAAGUUAGUAGGUAAUUGUC